UUUUUUAUCGCCAUCAUGAUUGGAAAAAUAGUUCUUGUUCUUCUGCUGGCGGGGACCAUCACAGCCUGGCCGCAGGUAUUCGACAUAUUCAGUGGAGAUGCUGUCUACGAAGGCCCGUUCCUUCCUAAUGGCUGUCCUACAGACUUCGGGGUCCACUGGCUUCUCCCUCACGAAACUGAAUGCAACAAGUUCUACUAUUGUAAUUUCGGCGAGUUGGUCGAAAGAACCUGUGACCGUGGUACUUAUUUCAACCCUAAAGCGCUCCCUGGACCCACUUGCGAUUGGCCAGAACACGUAGACUGCGGCGACAGAACGCCUCCAACUGACAGCACAUCAACUGAAGGCACAACAACGGAGAGCCCAACAACGGAGAGCCCAACAACGGAGAGCACAACAACGGAAAGCACCACACCAGAAAUACUACCUAACGGAUGCCCGGCUAAUUUUAGUGUGCAUCAAUUGUUGCCGCAUGAAACUUACUGCAAUAUGUUCUAUUAUUGCGUGUUUGGAGAGAAGGUAGAAAGGUAUUGUGCCCCUGGUACUUAUUUCAACCCUGAUGCCGACCCUGGACCCGUUUGCGAUUGGCCUGACAAAGUAGACUGCGCUGGAAGACCAACUGCUCCGCCGCCAACUGAAGGCACAUCAACGGAGAGCACUUCAACGGGAAGCACAACAACGGAAAGCACAUCAACUACACCAGAAAUACUACCUAAUGGAUGCCCAGCUAAUUUUAGUGUGCAUCAAUUGUUGCCGCAUGAAACUUAUUGCAAUAAGUUCUAUUAUUGCGUAUUCGGUGAGAAGGUAGAAAGAGAAUGUGCCCCUGGUACUUAUUUCAACCCUGAUGCCGACCCUGGACCCGUUUGCGAUUGGCCUGACAAAGUGGACUGCGGUGGAAGACCGACUGCCCCGCCGCCAACUGAAAGCUCACCAGCACCAACGGAGGGCACAACGACCCCCACCCCAACUGCCCCAACGGAAGACCUAGAUAACGGAUGCCCGGCUGAUUUUGAUGUCCAUAGAUUGUUGCCACAUGAAUAUGACUGCAAUAGGUUUUACUAUUGCGUACACGGAGAGAAGGUAGAAAGGCAAUGUCCCCCUGGCUUACAUUUUAACCCUGACGUCUACCCUGGACCAGUUUGCGAUUACCCCGAAAACGUGAACUGCGAAAACAGACCGACUGAAAGCACACCUGCACCAACAACUGCACCUCCACCGCCACCAACCACACCUGAACCAACAACCGCACCUCCACCACCACCAACCACACCUGAACCACCACCACCACCAACAACGUGUCCACCACCGCCCAUAUGCCCCACAUGUCCAACUGAUCCUCCUCCUGACACUUGCGACGGCUGCGAUUCAUGGGCUCACGAAACCGAUUGCGAUAAGUUCUGGAGAUGCGUAAGCGGCAGACCGGUCCUAAUUACUUGUUCCGAAGGUCUACAUUUCAACGCUGAGACCAAGACUUGCGAUUUCAUUUGCAACGCCAACUGUGUAAGGACACACGUGCAAGCUACGGCCCAUUGGGAAGGCUUGCAGAUCUUCCUGCCCUGGGAUCAAGUUGAUGACGAGCUGAGACAUACUUACCAAAUUCAAUAAGUUGUUUAAAACAACUUAC